UCAUGGAUGUGUAGUUUAAGAGAGAGGGAGGGAAAUUGCGUAGCGUUCAUAGCGAGCCAGUUUCUUGAAUUUGGAGUUUAGCGCACCCUUUUUUUCUCUGCGGGAGACCCGGGUUUUUUGUACCCUCUCUCUUUACAAUUCUCUUCUUUCCGCUCUGCUCAAGCUGAGAGAGGAUAAUAUGUGCAGUGGGUCUAGGAGAAAAGAGGGUGUUGAUGAUUUAGGUAUGGAAGGGGAGGCUCAAAAGCAAGAGGGCUUUAUGUCUGGUUUUUCAGUUUUGCUUGAGUUCUCUGCUGCUGAUGAUCUUGAUGGAUUUAGAAAGGCUGUUGAAGAAGAGGGUUGUGAUAUGAAUGAGUUAGGGUUGUGGUAUGGGAGGAGAAUUGGGUCGAAAAAGAUGGGGAACGAGGAGAGGACGCCCCUUUUGAUUGCUUCGUAUUUUGGUAGCAAACGGGUGCUAAGCUAUAUUCUCGAGAAGGGUUGCGUCGAUGUUAACCGAGCUUGUGGCUCUGAUGGGGCUACGGCGCUUCACUGUGCCGUUGAUGGUGGCUCUGCUGCGAUGCCCGAGGUUGUCAAGCUCUUGCUUGAUGCUUCUGCUGAUGCGGGUUUGGUGGAUGCUAAUGGAAAGCGGGCUGCUGACCUGAUUGCCCCCGGUGUGUUUGGUCAUAGAAGGAAGAUAGUGGAACACCUUCUUAAAGGCAAGAGUGAUGUUGAAGAAACCGGUGGGUUGAUUGAUUGGGAUACUUUUGAACAGAUAGAAGAACAAAAGGUGCUGAAUUCAACUGUCUCGAAAGAUGGAAACGAGAAGAAAGAGUAUCCUAUUGAUCCCUCCCUUCCCGACAUAAAGAACGGGAUUUACGGGACUGAUGAGUUCAGAAUGUACACUUUUAAGGUGAAGCCGUGCUCGAGGGCUUAUUCUCAUGAUUGGACCGAGUGCCCUUUUGUUCAUCCAGGUGAGAACGCGAGAAGGCGUGACCCGAGGAAGUUCCACUAUACUUGCGUUCCUUGUCCUGAUUUUCGCAAGGGGACGUGCCAGCGGGGAGAUUCUUGUGAAUAUGCUCAUGGAAUCUUCGAGUGCUGGCUGCACCCUGCACAAUACCGUACACGUAUGUGCAAGGACGAGUCGAGCUGCAACAGAAGGGUGUGUUUCUUUGCCCACAGACCCGAAGAGCUUCGUCCUUUGUAUGCUUCAACCGGUUCUGCAGUGCCUUCUCCUAGAUCAUACUCUCUCGGGGCUUCACCUCUGGAUAUUGCAUCGGUUAGCCCACUUGCCCUCGGUUCUCCGUCUAUGAUGAUAGCCCCAACCUCAACACCGCCUCUGACUCCUUCCGGGCCUUCCUCUCCUAGGGCUCGUUCAUUGUGGUCUAAUAAUCAGCUUAACCUUGCAACACCGACCUUGCAGCUGCCCGGUAGCAGGUUGAAAACUUCACUUCACGCCCGGGAUUCCGAUUUAGAUUCUGGACUACUUGGACUGGAUCGCAGGCAAGAGCAACUAAUGGAUGAAAUUUCUGUUCUUUCUUCGCCAUCCAGCCAGAGAAAAAGUUUCUCAACUGCAGCAACUUUUACUGCUCCAUCCGGUGAUCUAAACGGGGAAAUGAGUAGGCAUCCCGGGUUAAAACCCGCAAACUUUGAUGAUAUUUUCGAGACGCUGGAUCCCAAUAUUCUGGCUAAGUUACAAGGACUAUCACUGGAUGCUGAAACGACCCAUUUGCAAUCUCCAAAGGGAAUGCAUUUAAGGCAGAAUUUCCUCUCGAGCUAUCCAUCCCAUCACUCUUCAAGCCCCGUUAGAACACCAUCGUUCCAGAGAGAUCCCUCGACAGCAGCUCUGAAUGCACGCUCUGCAGCAUUUGCGAAACGAAGCCAGAGCUUCAUUGACCGCAGUGCCCCAUGCCACCACCACCACGGUAUGAUCUCUUCACCAAUGUCCCCCGCAACCACAAUGCCUUCAACCCUCUCCGGGUGGGGCUCCCCCGAUGGCAAAUUGGAUUGGGGUAUGCAAAAGGACGAGCUCAGCAAGUUGAGAAAAUCCGCUUCUUUUGGCAUCCGAAGCAGUGGCACCACUUACACCACAACUGGAACUCCAUUCCCAACGCCCGCUGAUGAGCCCGACGUUUCAUGGGUUCAGUCUCUCGUGAGGGACACCCCCGCUGUAAGUUCCCGCCAAUUCAACUCAGACGAUCCUCAGUAUUGUCAAGGAAGUCCAGAGAUGCAUCCCGCCUGGGGAGACCAGCAGAUAUACCUGGAACAAGAACAGAUCAUGGCAUAAAUGAGAUUAUAUUAACUCUGCAUUUUUUUUGGGUGUAAUCCUUAACAAUUUCUUUUUACCAUUUUUUGAAUUUUUUUUUUUUGCUUAGAUUCACAGCUUAGUUGGUGAAUGAAUACAUCAAAGAAAGGAUCUGAAUAAUCAAUCUGGGCCUGGUGAAACCUUCCUGCUCAUCUUUUCAAGAUUCUUACAUAUAUUUCUUCAAAGCUGCUUAUGUUGUAAUACCUUAUAUCAUACUUGUAGACAUCUUUGAAUAAUAAUUGUAUGAGAUGUUGGAUUUUGACUAUCAAAUUUCAUUCUUUACCAUUUA